GGGGGGUAUGGGGUACUUUAGUCUACCUGCGGUCCUGGGAUUCCUCUCGGGUGUGUGGGCAUCCCAUAUAUGUGUCUGACCCAUCGAAGUUACCCAACCUGCCGCUCUCCGUCCCAUGUCCCAAUCCCAAAGCCUUGUCCAGAUCACUGGUUAAAUACCGCAGACCUCUUCAUCGCCUGUCAUAUGUAGCCGUAUUCCUUCUUGAAGCAAUCUCGUUCCUGUUGGCGACUUGUUUCUUCCUGUUUGCGCCUCGCUGCUGGUCCCUUGCCUCCUCCAUUACCCCUCACUCUUUUGCACAUUUGGGCGACGAGGCUGCAGCGACUCGACCCGUAGCCAGUCGAGCAGGGAACACGACGCUCGGUUUUAACUAUGCCCCAACAACACGUCGACGUUGAGACCAUACAGGAGGCGAUACGCCAGAAUGAACAGGCUCACCGCGACCUCAACGCACUCCUGAAGAAUGCUUGCCGACAGCCAAGAGCCUCCAUAUCUCUGACCACCGACUUCGUCGACUCCCAGCCUGUUCCGAAUACCUUCCAAUUAUCCACCUCACCCUCCCGAUCCGCCGAUCAGGAUGUAUUCGGCUUCUCAAAUCGCAAUGCCGUGCCUCGAACUGCCCCGUCGGCCAACCUCACCGUUCCGCCAACACAUGCAUAUCCGGAUCGGGAUCGGGAUCGGGACCUGGAUCGGCAAUCCAGUAUCGGCCAGCCGAUGAAGCGCGCUAAAACCGCUCAUCCCCCUCAGGCCUCGGUCCGCUCUUCCGGGAUGGCCCGUUCAAGGUCGAGCACGUCGUCCAAGUCAAUUCCCCUCGUAAACCCGAGGACUCAGCCCAGGACCGGCCCGCCAAUGCUCGACCACUACUUGAACCAGGAUCCAGUCCGUCAGCCUGCCACCGCCUUUGUCUACGGAGGUUCCUUAGCCAAAGAGGAGGUAUCUCCCCAAAGGCAUGGCCCCAUGGAGACCUUGGUUGAGAGCGGGAGGGCAAUGGACCCCGGCGAAUUCCUUUCGCUGUAUCAAGAUGCGCAGCCGCGACAGAUGAGCAGCGACUACCUCUCCGUCCAAGCCAACCCAUCCUUUUCCCAGUUCGGAUUCGUCUCAUCAUGCGGAUCCCUGACAUCCGGACCCACGAUGGACACCAUGAUGAGCAGACAGAACAGCCACGCCUAUACCGACAACGCAUCUCUCUCUAGCCAGAUCGGCAUGAUCCGUAUCCGCUCUCAGCAAUCCACGUCCGGCCAUACCCGGCAUGACAGUUCCGGGCAGCUCCAAGGCCUAGACACCACCACGACCCUGGGAAAGCGCGCAACCUGCGGGCAUGACCAAGACUUUAGCGGCAUGGGCGCUAAUCUUGCCGACCACUUCCCGUCAUCGGUUCCUGGCGCCACUGCAGAUCACCUUAUGAUGGCGCGGUCUCAUUCACAAGCGAGUCAUGGUUCGACAUCGCCGCUCGAAACCCCCGAAGAAUUAUGGAUGACUGCGGCAUACCACACCCAGCAAAUGGAGAGGUCAGACAGCGCCAGGUCUAGCCAGUCCCUCAAGCUCCGCGCCAAGGAGGCUCUGUCCCGGCAAAACCAGAACGCAGCCCGCACGACCCAGCUAAUGCCAAAGCCAGCCGUCGGGACCGUCGAGCAGGAGCCGCCCGGAUCCUCGGGGCCCAAGGGGAAGGGUGGGAAGACGCAGAUCACCAAGGCCAGGUACGAGCGCCCAAAGCAUCCCAGGGUCAAGUGCACUCAGUGUAAGGAGCAUCCGUACGGAUUCCGUGGCGAGCACGAGUUGCGCCGCCACACCGAAGCCAAGCACAAGAGCGUCGUCAGGAAGUUCAUCUGCGUCGAGCCCGACGUUGAGACAGCACUCAAGCCGAUCAAGCCGCUGAGCGGCUGCAAGCAAUGCACCAGCAAGAAGCCGUACGGCGCCUACUAUAAUGCCGCAGCACAUCUCAGACGCACACACUUCAGAGAGAAGCCGUCGCGCAAGGGCCUUAGCGGAAAGAACGCGAACGCGAACGCCAACGGUGCCGCGGCUGACAGCAGCGGAAACACGGCGGACGAGAAGCGCAGUGGCAAGGGAGGCGGCGAUUGGCCGCCUAUGAGCCAGCUAAAGCUCUGGAUGACCCAGAUCCAGGUAUCAUCCGACGACCCAGCCGCUUUCAUUGCGGACGAUAAGUCGAUGGGGUUCGCCGAGCAGGGCGACAUGGAACCCGAAGCGGGCGACGUGUCGUUCACGGCCAAUACAUCAUCCGACUUCCCCGUGUCGACAUCGGAAAAUAUCGAAAAUAUCGUCAACCCAUAUCUUGACAUGUCCGACGUCGCUGGUGUCGGAGGUGGCUUCAAUACAGACCUGGAUGACGUUGGAGAUAUGGUGUUCGAUCCCAUCGACCCCGCAAUGUUACCGUCCAUGCCCAUCACCAUCCCAUCAUCAUCGCAGUUCGGCUUUGGCGCACAUUCGGCCCGCCAUCACCUGGCCAACACCAUGGUGGGUAUGGACGGGAACAAUUAUGUGUCUCCCGUCUCGUCAAACGCCACCAUCACUCAAACCGGCUUUGGCGAGCACCACAUGCUUCAGCAGUCGAUGAUCCCCGCCUCGGGAGACGACCUGUCCGACCUUACCUUUGAGAUUGCGUUCACGUCGCAAUGAGCUCUUGCAGGUGCUUUGUUUCAGAGAAUUGCUUCGUUGGGUGGAAGAUGAGAAGUGAGUCACCGCAAAGAGGGAGACCGAGAAAACCCCGAAAAUGAUGGGAGAAAAAAGAGAAGAUUCAGAGUGGUGUCGUUUCCUUUCCUAUUCUCUCCCGAUAACCUCUCAACCAUCAGUUCGCCUGAUGGU